CCAACUGACUUUCCUUUUCAUCCCAUCAUCACCUCUUCCAACUUCUUUUCUUCCACUCUCUCAUUCCUCUCUUUUAUCCCUUUUAUCAUCAUCUCGUCCUCCUCCUUAUUUCACCCCAUCACUAUCAUCCCAUCCAUCCGUCCACCAUCAACUCACCAUUGUCUGCAUGGCUUAGGUUAACCAUCGCUUCAUCUUGAACCCCUCCACCGAAACAUCCAACCAACCCCCGCUUCGCCAGUUUGUGACUUUGUGACCAUGGCCUACUACGACGGGCGCCAAUAUUCCUCUCGCCCUUCUGCUGGCUAUAACCCUGACUACUAUUAUCCCCCCUCUCGCCAUCAAACCGAUGUUGUGCGUCAUCAUCGGGAUGGCAGUGUCGAGUCCUUCGAGGCCGUCCACCGCGACUAUCCCCCCGCCGAUUAUGGCUACGAGUACGGCUACGGCAUUCCCCCGCAGGGAAAACCCACCCGCGCGUCCACCGUCCACGAAAGUGUGCGCCGUUCCCACUCCGUGAACCCCCGCGACCCUUACGACGACGGCUCCGACUACUAUCGACACUCACAUCGCCGCUCCAGACGCCAUGACGAUCGACAUGACAGGGGUCGAUACUCCCGGUCCCCUUCCGACAGCCGCUCGCCCCCACCGCGCCGACGCAAGUCCAUCUCCGAGCAAGCCCUGGGGGCGCUGGGGUUGGGAUCGCUUGCUUCGUCGGGCUCGAGACAUCGGGAGCGCGGCCGCUCGCAGGCCCGCGACCGCAAAUCCUACUCCUACUCGCCGUCUCCGACUCGCUCGCGGAGUCGCCAUCGGCGCGAGAAAAGCGAGCAACGCAUCGCACAGGCGAUGCGGGCCGCUCUGACCGCCGGAGCCAUCGAGGCAUUCCGCGUCCGCAAGGACCCCGGGGAGUGGACUGGCGCCAAGGGGAAGCGGAUCUUGACCGCUGCCAUCGCGGCCGGGGGCACGGAUGGACUGGUGGACCGCGAUCCCAAGAAGCACUCGAAGCGUCAUGUCGUGGAAUCGACCCUGGCCGGGCUCGCCGCCAACCACUUCCUCAACGGGUCCCGAUCCCGCUCCCGUUCCCGCGGCCGGCACCAUGGACGCUCCCAGAGCAACAGUGGCGUGAAGAAUCUCGCUGCCACAGGCGCCUUGGCUGCGAUCGGCAAGGAAGCAUACGAUCGGUUCCGCUCCAGGUCCCGUCCCCGGGACCGGAGUCGGGGCCGAUCUCUCUCGCAGGACAGCUACGAGGACCGUCGUCCGAGACCGCGGAGCAAGAGCGUCUCGGACUACAUCCACAAGGGGAUGGAGGCGCUGGGUCUGAGCGAGAAGGACCACCGCCGGGACAGCCGGGACAGCCGGGACCGAGAUGGCCGCCGCUCGUCCCGUCGCGAUGAUUACCCCGACGACUAUAGCGACAAUGAGUAUCGCCGUCACCGAAGCCCGCGGCGCUCCCGACAUUCUAGAGAUGUGAGUCGACCAAUUGUUCACGCCGACGAAGCUGGCUAUAGCCGUACCCGUGCCCCGGAUGAGCCCCGUUCCAACUCCAACAGCACCGAGGAUUGUGACUCUGACUUAGGAAGCAGUACCGAUGAGGAGAAGCGCCAGAAGAAACUAACGCGCAAGACGCUGGUCAAGACCGGCCUGGCGACCGUGGCCACAAUCCACGCCGCCCAUGAGCUCUAUGAAAACAUGGAAAAACACAAGAAACGAGCCGAGCAGCUCCGCGAGGGCGAGAUCACCCCGGAGGAAGCGCGCCGCCGGCGCCUCAAGGCCAAUCUCGGCGAUGUGGCCAGCGUGGGCAUCGCCGCCUGGGGUAUCAAAGGCGCCGCGGAUGAAUGGAAACAUGCGGCUGAGCUCCGGAAGGAGCGCCAGAAGUUGCGUGAGGAGUGCGAACACAAGCGCGAACGGCGCCAUCAGCGCGCGCAGAGCCACGCGGGAUAUGACCAUCACCAACCACGGACCAUGUACCCGGAUGAGAUCGAGGAGCACCAUCCGUCCGAGUAUGGGUCCACCCCGAGCCUUCGGUCUCGGUCGGCGGGACGGUCGAGGCGGGUGCCCAUGGCGCAGUAUGCUUGA